AUGUUAGAUUAGGCGACUGAUAAUAUUCUUUCCUUAUUAGAAAUCUAAGGUACCUAAAUAAAAAAAGAGGGGUAUAAAUCAAACAAAGUCAAACAGAAACUUUUUAAUAUAAAUAAUUUGCCAAAAAUAUUAGUUAUUUUUGAUUUAGAUCUACCCACAAAAAGUAAAUUAAUAAACAAAUAAAAUACAAAACAAAAAAGAUCACUCCAUCCCCUCUCUCUUAUUACUCAAAUUGCCUUUCAUAUCAAAAUUUUAUUGAAAUUAGGGAACUUUUACUAAAGAAUAAAAAAAUAUUUUACUUUUGACUAAUGUCUUUCAAUAAAUUAAAUGAAUAAAAGAAUUUUAAGAUAUGACUAUGCUUGUAAAGCUUUUAUAAAAAUAAGUCUGAUCAAUCUAAUUAUCAUUUUAAAUUUGAAUAAAAUUGAUAAUAAAAAUUUCAAUAAGACUUAUCAAAAAGAAAAAGAGAUUUAGUUUGUAAUCAAAAAGGGAUAUUUAUUCAAUUUCAUCAAAUUCUGUUGGAAAAAGAGCACGAAACCCUUUUAUUCAAUUUAUUAUCUUAAAAUUAAAAAAAAAACAAAACACACAAACAUACAAAAGUGUGUGUGUGUAUAUAUAUAUAUAUAUAUAUAUAUUAAUAUUUCCAAUAAAAAAUUAGAUAAUAAAUCAAAAAGAGAAAACAUUCAGAAAGAAUAAUAAAAUUAUUCACUUUCCAAUUUGCAAAGACAAACAAUUUAUUUGAAAACACCUUAACUUCUUUUUAAGAAUUAUAAAUAUCUAAAACUUAUCAGAGGGAGCAUAUUCUAUACUUCAAAAUAUUGA